UGUUUUCAGUUAUCAGCAAACCAAAGGUGAAACAAAAAGAAUCAGCAGCAGCCUCUGGUUUUUAGUAUUAUUUUAGUCGUCUCUUCUCUUCUCCCCUCUUUGUGAAGUCUCGUGUUUUUCUCCCCUUUUAAGCGGCUCUGAUUUGCCUUUUCUCUUCCCUUCUUCUUGAUUGAUUGAGGUUAAGAUUGAUAACUCACUUAAUUUUGAGAUGAUCCCGGAAACGUGAAGACUGCUUAGUUUCAUUAGCUUGCAGAAUUAGGCUUUCGUCUUUUCUGAGUAUUAUCAGCUUCGUCUUUUCUGAGUAUCAUCAGCUGAAAUUUCAUUUGUCGAUUACGGCUGUUUUUGUUGUUUCCUAUAUAUAUACAAGGGAUAAGAGGUGGAAAAUUUUGAAAGCUCUAGCAAUAAUAUGGGCUAUUUGAAUUCCGUGUUGCAAUCUUCGAGUCAGGUUCAUGCUGAAGAUGGACGGAUUAGCGGCGGCGGCCUUAGUCAGAAUGGGAAGUUUAGCUAUGGCUAUGCAAGCUCUCCAGGGAAAAGGUCUUCAAUGGAAGAUUUUUAUGAGACAAGGAUUGAUGGUGUUGAUGGCGAAAUAGUUGGUCUUUUUGGAGUCUUUGAUGGUCAUGGAGGUGCCCGGGCAGCUGAAUAUGUUAAGCAUAACCUUUUCAAUAAUUUGAUCAGGCAUCCAAAGUUCAUUUCUGACACCAAAUCUGCAAUAGCUGAUGCAUAUAGUCAUACAGACACUGAAUUUUUAAAAUCAGAAAAUACUCAGAAUAGGGAUGCUGGGUCAACUGCUUCUACGGCUAUACUUGUUGGCGAUCGGUUGCUAGUAGCAAAUGUUGGGGAUUCCCGUGCUGUCAUCUGCAGAGGAGGCAAUGCUAUUGCUGUUUCCCGCGAUCAUAAGCCAGAUCAAACUGAUGAGCGUCAACGGAUUGAGGACGCAGGAGGAUUUGUCAUGUGGGCUGGAACGUGGAGAGUAGGAGGUGUCCUUGCUGUUUCUCGUGCAUUUGGUGAUAGGCUCUUGAAGCAAUAUGUUGUUGCUGACCCAGAAAUUCAGGAGGAAAAGAUUGACAGCUCUCUGGAGUUCCUUAUUCUUGCAAGCGACGGACUGUGGGAUGUUGUUUCAAAUGAGGAGGCUGUUGCAAUGAUAAAGCCGGUACAGGAUCCUGAGCAGGCGGCAAAGCGGUUGAUGCAAGAGGCAUGCCAGAGGGGUAGUGCAGAUAACAUAACUUGUGUUGUCGUGCGAUUCUUGUUCGAUCAAUCGAGUACCAACCAAGGGGCCACCACACCUAGUGUAUCUGCAUAAGCACCAUCUCUUUCCAUGUUUUGGUUUCCCAAGUUGAUGGUAACAGAAGUAAACUCAAAUACUUAUGCAGCUAGUCGUAAAAACAGAAAUAUUUAACAGCACGUUAUAAGAAAAAAAAUGAAGAAAUGCGUGAGGGCAGGAUUUGCAUUAACAUCUGGACUGGAACAGAACUGAUGCAUAUGAGUUUAGCUUCUCGAAUUCCAGUUAAAAAUGGAUUUGUAAAGAGUCUGAUGAAAGGCUUGAGUCCACUUGUGUAUGCUGUAAAAAGUGUAAAACUUAUCUUAAUUGUUGUAGUGGCUAUUUGUGUUGAGAUGUUGCUUUCAAGAACUACGGUUUCAUUUGAUUCGCCAUUAUGAAAUAAAUGCU